UGGUUGCACUGAUUGUAUUGUAUGUGUUGUUGUAUGUAUAUCGUAAUUGUCUAUUUGUGUUGGAUGAUGAUGAUUCAAGUCUAAUGUGUGUGUGUGAGUGUUGUGUGUAUGGUUUUUUUUUCUAUUUGCGCGCUUCACCAACGACCAAUAUAACAUUGACAAUACAUAGCGUUUUUUGUGCUUUGUAAAUUCCUAUUUCUACAUUCAAAGUUCUAUCUAUCAUCAAUACGUAGUAAAGUUUUCUCUUUUUCCUGUGCUGUGUUUGUGUGGAAAAUAUUGUUUUUUUUUCUUGCUUUUGCUUUUGAAGAAGAAAUUUCAUUUCUCUAUUUGUGUGUAAAGUAUAAUAUACACUGUGCUUUUCUCUCUGCUUUUUGUGUCUGUAUCUCUUGUUUCGUUUCUCUCGUGGUCUAUGUGUGAUAUACAAAGCAACAUCAACAACAAGAAAAAAAAAUUGUACAACUGAAAGCAAAAUUAUUAUAUACUUUUUUGCCCACAAUAAUACAUACAUCCAAUAUAUACAUUUACCAUAUAUAUACAUUCAAAACCGACAACCGACUGAUGAUGAAAAAAUACUAAUAAUAAUGAUACACACACCAAGUGAAUGACGAACGAAAGAAAAAAAAACUAAAAACGACAACGACCAACUCAACUCACCCUAAAACCGAUCGAAAAAAUAUAUACACAGUAUCAAGCGACAUCGAAAUAGAAUCUAAUACGAGAAAAAAAAGGAAGAAAAAGAAAGCGAAAAAGAAGAAAAAAGACAACGUUUGUGAAUAAUACAAUCUCUGUGUGUGUAUCUAUGUGAACUACAUGUGAGUGUAUUGUGUAUGCUAUUUCAAUGUGUUGUGUGUGUGUGUGUAGAUAACUCUCAACAUUAAUUUGUGUGUAUAGUGAAUGUAUGUAACUUUUUUAUAUACAAAAUAAAACUACAACAAGUGAGAAGAAAUAAUAAUAAUAACAACAACAAAACAUCAUCAUCAACAUCAAUAAAAUAACAACGUAAAACGGAAUAUUGGCGCGAAAAAACAACACUAAUCGAUCGAUUCAUCAUUAUUUGUUCCAUACUGUCGUUUGUUUUCUAGUUGAAACGGAAACUAAUUGAAUAGAAUCAUCAGAAUCGAAAGUACGGAACUAGAAAAAAAUUUUUCCUCGCCCCAAAAUAUCCUUAUAUUUCAUAUUGGUCCUCAAAAACCAACAAAAAUUCUUUUUUUUGUUAUCUUGUUCGAAUGAUGUCCGAUUACGCUGAUUAUCAUCAAGCUAUGGCGCAUCACGCCGCAAUUAAUGCGAAUCAACUUCAUCCUGCAACAAUGGCACAGAUUCCGAUGUCACAAAUGAUUUCUGCAACUGGUUUAAAUUUGACUGUAAUGCCUGGUCAGCUAAAUAAUGCCGGUCAACAUCAAUUAGCACAUGGUCAAAUUGUUUAUACGACAAACGUUCAGCCAACGGUUGCCGUUGCAAAUACAAUGUCACAACAGCAUCAUCAACAACAUCAUCAUCAUGGUCAUAAAAAACAGAAAAAACCCAAGGUUAAUAAGGAUGGAGUACCUGCACCGAAACGUGCGGCAACGCCAUUUAUCAAUUUUACACAAUGGUAUCGUGAAGAAUUAAAGAAAAAUGGUCGUCCAGUACCAAAGAUAGCCGAAUUUGGUAAAGAAUGUGCUGCUAAAUGGGCACAGAUGUCCGAAGAGGAGAAGAAACCAUUUUUAGAUGCUGCAUCCAAAGAUAGGGAUCGUUAUAAACGAGAAAUGGCUAUAUACAAACCAGCACGUGAUGCUUCCAAACCAAAACGACCGGGAACAGCAUUCAUGUUAUUCAUGGUUGAUUUUAGAAAAGAAAUGGCUGGUAAAGAACCAGAAGGUGGUGUAGCUGCAUUGGCCAAACUUGGCGGCGAACGAUGGCGUAAUAUGACCGAAGAUGACAAACGGCCUUAUGUUGAACGUCAAAAUCAGGAACGUGUGCGAUAUGAAUCAUCAAUGGAAGAAUACCGUCGUAAAGGACAACAAGCUAAUACAGCUCAACAAAAUCAACAGGAAAGACGUGAAGGUUCUAAUGAAGAAUCGGAUUCUGAUUCAUUACAACAAGCACAAGUCGCUGUACAACAACAGGCACAGGUUGUAGCAGCUGCUCAACAACAACAACAACAAGCCCAGCAACAACAGCAGCAGCAACAACAACAACAACAACAAAUUCAUUUGACGCCAUCAUCGACAACGGCUUAUCUUUUGACCGGUACUGGUGCUGUCUAUUCACAGAUACAGGCGCCAUAUUCUUGGAACUAAACCAUUGUGGAAAUACAUCAAAAACAUCAUCAUCUCAUAAAACACACCAGGAUGAAACCUCAGGUAUCUCCUUCCUCUUUUCAACCAUAUAAAUUAUCGAUGAAUACAAAAUUGAAAAAAAUCGAUUAUAAUCUCACAUUACCAACCAACAAUGAUUAUUACCCUCACCAUUCAACUCAUCCACCAUCAAAUCACCCCAAACCAUUGAAUGAUUUUUUUUCUGAGGACAAACCAUCUUCGUUUUUUUUUUCAUUCGGCCAUUAUCAUUAUUGAUAUUGUUCUCUCUUGACCUACAGACGACACACACACACACAUACACCA